AUGCAAAGAAGCUAAAACGAUGAUGAUUAACCAUUGAUUCCAUUACCUUAAGCGACAGAAAAAAAGAGACAAGAGAAAUUGGCGUAUGAAAAACAAAUGGCUAGAGUUACAUUAUUGAAAUAGACCCAACAGAAAAACUUACAUCUGGUAUUAUGUAACUUGAAGUAGACAGGCUAAAUUAUAUGAGAUGGCUGCAGAAAAGAUUGAAAAUGGAUAAUCAGUUAAGAAACAGUUACGAGAUCUAGCUGAAGAAGCACGUUAAUUGAAAGAAGAUGAUAUGAGAAAAAGAAAACAUCAAAUAUAAUAGAUCAAAAAACAUGAAGAAGAAUUUAUUUUAAAACAUGCUGCUAAAUAGAAGAUUGGGUAUGCGUGGUGAG